GAGGACAGUUCAGGAUAUUCUUGAAAAAAUUUGGGAAAAAGUAUAUAGGGCAACUUCACUACGUGGUAGACCAUCCUGUCCCCAAAAACAGCUACUCCUAACAAUAUGGAUGCUAGCUAAUCAAGAAGUCUAUAGGUCAGUAGCAGAUAGAUUCAAUGUUUCAUUGAGUACAGCCUGGGAAUAUUUCCAAAGAGUUGUAAAUGUGCUGGUGGAAGUAUCUUCAAUAUACAUCAAAUGGCCUGAAUCAUAUGAAAAUAUAACUAGAAAAUUCAAGAAGAGAGGAGGAAUUGAUGGUGUGAUAGGGGCAAUAGAUGGAACCCAUAUUUCUAUUACAACUCCUUCGUACAUGUCGAAUAAGUACUUGAAUAGGAAACAAUACCAUUCUAUUGUUUUACAAGGUGUUUGUGAUGCCUCAUACAUAUUCACAGACUGUUUUACAGGAUGUCCAGGAAGUGUGCAUGAUGCUCGUGUAUAUAGGAUGUCUCCAUUAUUCAAACAAAUAAUGCCGAAUAUAACUAGAGAUUACCAUUUAUUGGGUGAUUCAGCAUACCCUAAUGCCACCAAUCUCAUAACACCAUAUAGAGAUAAUGGGCAUUUAACUCGACAUCAGAGACCUACCAGAUAUGAAAAUUAUCAACCAAUCAAGGAAUGUACCUCGAAAUCCCAAGUUAUAAAAUUUUUCUCUCAUAAAACUGAUGGAAAGAACGUCAAAGGCACAGGAAAGAUCAAAAAACAGUCCUACAACAAAGCGACCUUCGUCUAG